AUUAGCUUUGCACAAGUGCUUUACGGUGAUUGGUAUACAGAUACGUUUAAUCUGAUUGAAGUGAGAUUGUUUUUGUCGCAGUGAUAUAAACAAACAAUAUCAUGGAACAUGAUGAGAUCGAACUAAUUAGCAGCGGUGAUAAGCUGCAAGAGGUAGCACAAGUCUUACAGGACUUCAUCAAAAAUAACGAGAGUACAUUUUUAUUUCCAAAUUUAGCUGAAAGUAACAAACGAGUGAUUUUGUGGGCUGCGUUGUUCCAGCAUCUUCAAAAUAAGACGUCGGCGCCGAUUCAUACUCUUUGCUUAGCUGCCAUUAGAGUGUUAAGCCGAGACAAAUCAGAACUCGAAAAUUUGAUUUGUGAAAAAUGGAUAACAACCUUAAUAGAGCAUGGGGGAUUGUACAAUUUCAUUGGUAUCAAUGAAGAAAACAUGGCCCCUUUGGAGUUGCCACAGAAGGACACUGCCAUUGAGGCUUUGAAGUGUCUGUGCAACAUUGCUUACAACAGUGAGGUGGCGCGGGCGCUCUGCGCCCACACCAGCAUUGCCCAAAGCCUGGUGGCCAGACUCAGGAUUUACAAAGACAUUCCUUUCAAAGAUGAAAUCAUGCUGUUUGACAUUAAGUUGCUGUUUAUCUUGACUGCACUAAGGUCGGAUAUAAAGUCUAAGAUAAGAGAUGAGCUGCACGGGUUGGACUAUUUGGUCUGCUGUCUUAAUGAGCUGCUCAGGGAAGCCUCAUCUAGUACCGAGGGUGCUAUGGAUCAGGAUCAACACAUUUUCUUUACGGAUAAUCAGCAAGCCAUAGCCUGUGAGAUCCUAAAGGCCAUGUUCAACCUCAUCGUUCGGCCUGGCAGCGAGGACAGUGAAACUGAGGCAGAUGAGGCAAUGUACCUCAAGUUGAUGCCUGUGCUGACCUCCCUGCUGUAUACCAAGACUACUGACGAGGAGAAAUUGAUGGAGUUGCGAAGUAAUGUCGCUAAUUUGUUGACCAGCGUGCCACCACCAUAUUACGCAUAUCUAACCCCAGACCUGAACCCUGGGGAGAUUGCAGAGUGUACAUUCGAGGGAAGGAACAUGGACGCGUUGCAGUCCCUUGUGCAGCUCUUGCAGUACAGGUUGUCAAACACCACGAACACAAAGAACCAAUGCGAGAACCUAUCCCCGAUACUAACCGUGAUGAACAAGGCGGUGCGAACGCGCGUGGCGCGCAAGUGGCUCCGGGCGCGCGUGCUGCCGCCGCUGCGCGACGUGUCCCGCCCGCCCGAGCGGGGUAGCGAGCUGCGCAACCAGCUGUGUCGCCUGCUUACUACACCCGUGGGCGCUAUUCGGGACUUGGUUGCCGAGUUUAUCUUCAUUAUGUGCAAGGAGAAAGUGGGUCGUAUGGUGAAGUACACUGGUUUCGGAAACGCCGCGGGGCACCUCGCGCAGAAGGGCCUGCUGGGCGCGCGCGGCGCCUCGGGCCGCUACUCGUCCAGCAGCGACGACUCGGACACGGAGGAGUACCGCGCCGCCGCGCCCGCCAUCGACCCCGUGGUCGGCUGCACGCGCCCGCCCCGACCCAACCCUUUUGAGGGCAUGACCGAUGAACAGAAAGAGUACGAGGCGAUGAAGUUGGUGAACUUAUUCGACAAGAUGGUGUCAGAGGGCGUAGUGGUGCCGGCGCGAGUUGGUGCCGACGGCCGCCCCGAGCCAGUCCAACACGUGCUGGAACUGCGUGACCCGCCCAACCGUCCGCAGUCCUAAACCGACUGUACUCCGAAUUCUACCGAAUUCUAUUCUUA